AUGGCGCUGUGUAUAUUUGCAAGGUUAUAAGCUCUCAGUGCAAGUUUACUGAGACCCUGUGAGCUCGGAUUGUGGAAGAAGUGACGGAUUUAUUUAAUUUUAAUUAUUUUGCAUUGAAAAUAAACUAAAGUUGUGGAUUUUGAACUGUCGGUUUGUUUGCUAGCUGAUGUUUGCUGAUUUCACCAAAGUGGACUGAAGCCUUGUGGACAUAAUGUCCUCCGGCCCCCUGUGACACCGGACCAUCAGCCAUCGUGUCCUACUGUACUUUACCUGCUUCUGAGAUCAUGGACGCUGGAGCGGAGGUGAUUCCCAUUUGGCAGAACAAACCUCACGGGGCGACUCGCAGUGUGGUGAGAAGAAUCGGCUCUACGCUGCCCCUGAGACCCUGCCCCCGGGCCUGUUUCCAGGAGUUGCCUGGUUUGACCCCACUGCGACACACAGAUGGCCCCCUGGUGCCCACGCUGGCCGACAUCGCCUGGAUAGCUUCCGAUGAAGAGGAGACUUACGCCAGAGUCAGGAGCGACACACGGCCCUUUCGUCAGGAGUGGAGGCCGACGCCCCUCAUGGUCCUGCACAGGAACUCAUCAGUGCCUAAUUUCAGGCGUGAGGGGAAACGCAUGGAGGGUCUGAGGAAGCCGGGGAUCACCGCAUUAAACCGCGCCACCGCUCUGCAGGACGAACUGAGUCGCCUCCGCUCACAAAUCGCCAAGAUUGUUGCAGGAGAGACCGACUCCAACCCCAUCACCCCGGACCUCCUGUCUCCAGACGACACCUCCGUCGGCUUCUCCAUGGCUCCGUUCGAGACCGCGCCGUACCACCCCCUCCCCUCCGCCUCCUUCGUCAUCAGCGAUGUCACCGAAGUGGAGGAGGAGGACGAGGAGGACGAUGAGUCUGAACUCCCUGAGCUAGCUCCCGACCCCGUGCCCCCCGUCUGCAUGACGGCGUCAGCGACCUUCGAACUCGACCGGCCCACCAUGGACUUCCGGGAGGCAGAAGAGGACACGGUGUCUCUGUCCAAGUCCACCAGCUUCGCCGACGUCAAGGACAUCCUGAAGGACAUGAACCGCAUGAAGAUGAGCAAAGACAGAUAUUCCCGUGGCUGUACAUCACUGAGAGAAGAAGACUCCGCCUCUCUGAUCUCUGAAGCUCUGAGGAAGAAGUUCACUCUGCGGGAUGAAGACGUUAUUAUGAAGUGAUCUGCCUUUUCUCCAUCGUCUCUGUACACACGCACACACCUGCACGUCUGUGCCUAUGAACCGCUUGCCAUGGAAAUGCCAUCAGCAACCCACUGAUGCCAAGUUAAGCCCCGCCCAUUUUCCUCCCUCAAUGAGUACAGUCACAUUGGAAUAGAGAAGCUGUGUGCAAAAAAUGCUCUCUAUCUAGCUCUAACUAUCCAUCUCUCUCUCUCUCUCUCUCUCUCUCUCUCUCUCUCUCUCUCUCACUCUCUCACUCCCACACACAUACACACACACACACAUACUUUCCUGUAUCUCUCUUACUCUCCUUUUCUCUGUAUCUGUUUCUCCCUUCAUUCUUGUAUUUCUUUCUCUCUUUCUCUCACAUCUAGUCUCUCCACUGUCCACUUUUCCUCACACUCGUUUAUUUACUGUUACAAAACCCAGCAAUAUACAUACUUGAAUCAUUUGGGUGACUGUCCUGGUUACAGAUUAUUAUUAUUAUUAUUAUUAUUAUUUUCACUUUACAAAAACAGAAAAUUCUUCAGAAAGUCCUGUAUUUUCAGAUGAACAGACAACAGAAUACUAAGCUUCACUUUUAUGUCUACGGUCAGUGAUACCUAACACGGAGUUACUCGUUAUUUAGUUUUUAUUUUCAGGAUUUUUAUUUUCCAUUUUUCUGCAGAUGUUAAUGUUGAAAUAAUGCUGUUAAACUAAACAGCGUCGUUUGCUGCGAGCGUGUGAUUUUCAGCAUCCAGUACAAAAACGCAAUAGAUUGUAAACAUUUAGCCAAAAGAUACACAAUGUGCUUCACUACACACUCGUUUAGUUACACUGAAGCUGUGGCUUUUAACUGACUAAUAACUACAUCAACAUAAAAUAAACACACACAUGUUGGACACUGACAUCCCAAAAUAUUUAGAGAUUUGAUGUCGAGAUGAGGGGUGUGUGUGUGUGUGUGUGUGUGUGUGUGUGUGUGUGUGUGUGUGUUACUAGUAGCUACUCAUUGCUGCCUGUGAGGAAAGUAAUGUAUUUUAUAGGAACAACUUUGUUUAUUUCGUAAAUCUUUCGCAGGAGCGUUUACACAAGAAACACGGCGUUAGCAGAGAAAAUCCAUUCAUUUCCACUAACGCGCAUUGGAGUACAUCGCGUAUAUGCGUAGUUUAUUUUUGCGUGUUUUCGAAGACGACAAAGGGCCUUUCAUCGACCGCCUUCGACUCGUAUCUCAGACAAAAUAAGACACUCCCAAUAAAACCAGGAAGCGUUAGCGUUCACGUCUGCCGUAGCCGAAGAUCGCUACGUUGGCCGAGCUGCGUUAUUGGAAGAUUUCGUUCUUUCAUGCCGUUUUGUGGGCGUGGUGCAACGUAACGUUUCAGUCGGCCUUUAUAAACAUCCGCACAGUGAAACUUGAAUAGGGUUAAAAAAACAAACAAACAAACAAACAAACGUAUACAAAUUGACCAUAUACGUCCAGAUAAAUAAAUAAAUAAAUAGACAUGAAAAUAAAUUAUGUACAUUAUAUAAAAAACUUACACAAAAUGACUAAGAUGCAAAUAACAAAAUUAUGCACAUCGGCUAAAAACAUGAUGAGAAUGCCCACACUAUAUGGCUGAAAGUUUGUGGACACGAACAUCUUAUAAUAAGCUCCACUCUUCUCAACUCUGGGAAGAUGUUCCUCUAUAUUUUGUGGAGAUUUACAGAGAUUCAUUUCAGCCGUAACGGUGUUCGUUAGAGCUCUAUAGCAGGAGAUCUUCCACCCCAACCCCAUGGAAAGCAGAUCUUCAUGGAGGUGGAUUUUGGGUCUCCUUGUUCAAGUGAAGGGAGAAUUUCAUCCUAUACAAAUGUGUACCUCCAACUUUGUGUGAACCACAUACAGCUGGAAAGUCCAGUGUCCCAAUACAUCUGUGCAUAUAGUGUAUAUGAUUUGUGUAUAAUCUGCAUGAAUAGAAGUUUGUGUGUGGUUUCUUUCGUUCUCUUUAUGUAUGUUCUGUCUCGCACAAAACUGGGACUUCUACUUCACGUGAUCCCGCUUUUUUUUGGUUUAGUUUUUUUGCACACCCAACAUAACUCUUUCUUUCUAGUCACAAUACUUGAAGACAUUGAAGGUGCCAACAUUUUCAGCGCUCACUGAAGUCUAUAGUUUAACAGGAAUGAGUUCAGCAUGGACAGCUCCACUCGCUGCUCGUCCCAGUGACGGGGAGUUUAUUUAAUGAUAUUCAUAUAAUAUCAAGUCCUAAAAUGGACUGUACCUCACCUCUGAGUAUGUUUGCGAAUACUGACCGGAUCCCUUUUCCUCUACAGAUGUAAAGGAAAGGGGCUGAAAACAAUAGUGGAAUUUUCCAACAAUGUUUUCGGGUGUAAUGUAGAAAAUGUUGCAUAUUUCUAUUCAAUUUUCCGCUUCCUGUUUAAUAGUUUGGGACGCAUGCUUCAAAAUCUGUGUUUCUCAUAAUCUUUCUGAAAAUGGCGAGAUGUUUGUAAUCUGUAGAAAACCGCUUUGUGUACCAUGCUCACCAAGUCCUGGUGUUUCAUUUGUAUUGGAAAAUGUGGUGAUGAUGAUGAUGAUGAUGAUGAUGAUGACAUGUGACUGUUUGAACUUUACUGAGAGAUCAGGCAUGUUUUAUUACUUCCUGUUUGAGAACUCGAUCGCGAGUGUUGUUCGAGAGGGACGUUUGUGUGUUGUGAAUUGUUUUUUUUUUCCCAAUAUGAGAGUGCUGCCUGUAUAUUAUAUGUACAUGAGAAAAUAAAAAAGGAUAACGUUUAAAA